AUGGCCAAGGAUCGCACGUCAGAGUUCCACUCCACACUAGCCUCCAUCCGAUCAAGGCAGGCGGUACCCGCCGGCAACGGCAAAUCAGCUGGGAAAGCCGAGGCGCGACAACCUCUCCUGGGCGCGGGUCCCAAGGCGGACGGCAAGAAGUUGAGCGAGUUUGGGAAGAUGGCAGGUGGGAUCGCGAAGGACAUCAAUGCGACGACUGCAAAGUUGGGCAAGCUGGCGCAGUUGGCCAAGCGGAAGACGCUUUUCGAUGACCGUCCUAUCGAAAUAUCGGAGCUCACCUAUAUCAUCCGCCAAGACAUUGCGCAUCUCAAUACCCAAAUAGCGGCGUUGCAGGCGUACGUUCGGACGCAAAAGGCCGGAGGUGGCGGAGGUGGGAAAGACAAGAAGUCGGAUGGAAAGCAGGUGGAAGAGCAUAAUAGUAAUGUGGUGAUGAUGCUGCAGAGCAGGUUGGCGAAUAUGGGCAUGGGGUUCAAGGAUGUUUUGGAACUGCGGACGCAGAACAUGAAGGCGAGCAAGGAUCGGACCGAACAAUUCAUGCACACCGCUUCUCAAUCUGCUCUUCCCGCUCCGUCAAAUAGUCAGUCCCCCUACGGCUUCCCGCCAGAUAAGAAGGGCAAAGCGCGCGCCAUCCCCGAUGCGGCUUCGCAGUAUCCGGGCGGACCGGGCGGGUCCGGCGCGCAAGAAACAGACUUUUUGGCGCUGGAUAUAGAUGGGGACAGAGGGGAGAGCGGGAUGGUCAGGGCGGAGAAUGGGGGAGGGUACCAGCAGAUGCAGGUGGUGGAGCAGCAGGACAACUAUAUUCAGUCCCGCUCGACCGCGAUAGAGUCCAUAGAAAGCACGAUUGCCGAACUCGGCCAGAUCUUCACCCAGCUAGCGGGCAUGGUCGCUGAGCAGAGAGAAACGGUACAGCGUAUAGAUGCAGAUACGACGGAUAUCGCAGCAAAUGUGACAGGCGCGCAGAGAGAGCUGUUGAAAUAUUAUGCGUCGGUGACGAGCAAUCGAUGGUUGAUGCUCAAGAUCUUCGGAGUUCUGAUUAUCUUUUUCUUGGUAUUCAUCCUGGUCUCAUAG